AUAAUAUCUAGCCACAUAUUAGUUUUCUUAAGGGUAAGGGUCCCGCUCUGUUGUCAUGUUUGACCUGGUGGUCCUAGUCCUUAAUGUACUGAAGAAAAAUGGAAAGUUCUUGCACCUCACGUAUUCUUGAACCUCACGUGUUUUGUUCUAUAUAUGAAGGCAGACACCUAAACUUAGAAGUAGUGCAAACUUUGUGAGUAAACAAAGAUUAGAACCUACAACCUAUUGUUUUGAGAAACCGAUUGAGAAAACCAGACUGAACAGAUAUGGAGAAAGUUCAUGUGGUUUGCAUCCCAUACCCACUCCAGAGUCACAUCAGUGCCAUGAUGAAGCUAGCAAAAAUUCUUCAUUUCCGAGGUUUUCAUAUAACCUUCGUCAACACAGAAUUCAAUCAUCAACGUAUUUUAAAUUCAAGGGGACCAGAUUCACUAGAAGGCUUACCUGAUUUCAGCUUCGAAAAAAUUUCUGAUGGUCUUCCAUCAACAGAUCCGAAUGCUGGCCAGGAUAUCUUAGCUCUUGUCGGUGCAACCCAACAGAAUUGCUUAGAACCUUUCCGAAACCUUAUCAACAAGCUUAAAAACAGUAAUACAUAUUCAAAUGUCCCUCCAGUAAGCUACAUCAUUUCUGAUGCUUGCAUGAGCUUCACUUUACAAGCAGGUAGAGAGCUUGGAAUCCCAGUAAUAUCAUACUGGGCGAUUAGCUUCUGUUUCUUCGGUAGUUUUCUGCACUAUCCUGAAUUCGCCAAAAGAGGACUUGUCCCACUCAAAGAUGAGAGCAUCACCGACGAGUACCUGGAUACCCCAGUCGAGUGGAUACCAGGAAUGAAAGAUAUCCGGAUAAGAGAUCUUCCGAGUUCCUUCUUAAUAACAGAUCCCAAUAAUGCCAUGAUUGAAUUUUCAUUGCAAGUCAUUGGAAGAGCUUAUGAAGCUACAGCAAUGCUCUUCAAUACCUUUGAUGCUCUGGAGAUGGAGGUUUUGACUGCAUUCAAGUCUCAGUUGUCCCUGCCCCCUAUUUACACCAUUGGUCCUCUUCAGCUACUCCUCAAUCAGAUCUCGAAAAAUGAGUUGCAGUCGCUUGGAUCUAAUAUGUGGAAAGAAGAUACCAAGUGUCUAAAAUGGCUUGAUUCAAAAGAACCCAACUCAGUCAUGUACGUGAAUUUUGGCAGCACCACCAUUAUUACCAUUAAUCAACUUGUAGAAUUCGCAUGGGGUCUAGCAAACAGUAAGCACAAUUUCUUAUGGAUCGUCAGACCUGACCUGGUAGCUGGUGAGUCAGCGAUGCUGCCACCCGAGUUCGUGGAAGAAACAAAAGAAAGAGGGCUUCUAACAAGUUGGUGCCCACAAGAAGAUGUCCUGAACCACCCAUCGAUAGCUGGAUUCUUGACACACUCUGGGUGGAACUCAACCCUCGAAAGCUUGUCUAGUGGGGUUCCUAUAAUUUGUUGGCCUUUUCAGGGGGACCAACAGACAAAUUCUAGGUACUCAUGUAAGAAUUGGGGAGUUGGCAUUGAGAUCGAUAGCGCUGUUCAGAGAAAUAAAGUUGAAAAAUCAGUGAGACAAGUAAUGGAAAGCAAAAAGGGUAAGAAAAUGAAAACCAAAGCUUUAGAGUGGAAGAAAAAAGCUGAAGAAGCCACUGUACUUGGUGGCUCUUCGUACGUUAAUAUCAAUAAGAUUGUAAACACUGUACUUGUUAGCAGAAAUAAGGAUGAGCAACAAGCAGCCUAAAGUAGUUGACUAGUUAAGGGAAUUCUGUACAUUUAGCUAUCAUGAUAGCCAUGCUUUUCAAUGUGAUUCACUUAGUUUAUCCAA